UCUGAAGCACAAGUAUGUAGUGUUUGUUUGCUUUGUUGUUGUGGUGUAAUUUUAACGUUAUGAUAAAUGGAAAUAGUGUUCUUUUAAAUUAUUAUAGUAGUUAACAAAAUCAAGAGCUAACUUACAACCCUAUUAAAAGAAGAUCGAAUUAUAUGAACCUUUACAGGGAUGAUUGAGAAGCAGACAAAAUGGAUAUUAGAAAUCGCAUGUUAUUGCAACAACAUCAGCAGUUAAUUGUGAAUGAUCUGGACGUGAGAUACAUACUAGACGAAUUGUUUAGUAAGCAAGCUAUCUCUCAUAAGGAUUUCGAUCACAUUUAUCAAUUGAAUGAUAGAGCCGACAGGGUCCGUUUUCUAAUAAAAACGAUCCUACAAAAUGGCAACAACAGUGCAUUUGAUGCCUUCGUAGACAGCUUGGCGAAGGACUACAAUUGGAUAUGGAAGAAGUUCGCGCUGGCUGACAGUAAAGCGAUGAUUGAAGACAGCUUCGAGGAUAGCAUCAGUAGGGGAGAUGUGCCGAGGCUGCCCGACCAUUUCGUUAGACGGAUUGCUGUGGAGGAAGAUGUAGCGAAUAAAUUGAAAGCGCUAACUCGUCACAAAAUCCUGGCGCUCCAUGGCAUGUCUGGUUCAGGCAAGACAUGUGUCGCCAUCAGUGUGCUGCGGAACAAUCCAGAACUAGUCACCGAUGACUUCAAUGGCGUCGUGUUUUGGCGCAAUCUCGGCAAUUGUAAGACUGAAGAUGAUAUCAUCGCUCAACAGAAUAAGUUAUACCGAAAAGCAUCAAUACUAUGCAAUCAAUCGAACAAUUCUUUCAUGAAUUCUUCAAUAUCGAUGUCUAGUAUCGGUUCCAACGCAGACUCAAUAUCUAGUACAGACUGGACGUGCCAAGAACUAAAAGAUAGAUUACGAGCUAUGUUCUCAGACCCGGCUUUAAAGAAAGCGCUAUUGGUGCUCGAUGAAGUGAAUGAAAAGAAAUGUUUGGAAGCAUUUGAUGUCGGGUGUAAGAUUUUGGUCACUACACGGGAUACAGAUGUGAUAUCUACGUUUCAUCCGCAGAUUGUUAGAAUAGAAAACCAUUUCACCGAAGAAGAAUCUCUGUCUCUCAUAUCAUCAUGUAUAGAUAUACCAGAAUCAAAGCUUCCCAGACAAGCGAAACGAUUGCACGAGAUAUGCAAAGGCAGUCCGUUCCAUAUUGCACUAAUUGGUGCUGAAUUAGCGGAAAAUAAGGAGAGAUUGGUCCACGAUACAAGGCAUUGGAAUUAUUAUUUGAACAAGCUGGAGAAGAAGGAGUAUUUUUUUUUAUCAAAACAAAACGGCAAUCCGAUGAAACCAAUAGAAAUGUGCAUCAAUUCCCUCAAACCAGAUAUUUUACCACUGUUCAAAAUGCUCUCAAUCUUACCGGACAAUGCCAAAGUAUCGGCAAAGGUGCUCAGUAAAUUGUGGAAUAAGGAUAUAAGCAAAGUUGAAAGUAUUAUGAAACAGCUACGAAGCAAAUCCUUAAUAAUCGAAUUCUAUGACCAAGAACAAAGGAAUUAUAUAUAUGAAGUGCAUGACUUAAUCAUGAACUACUUGAAAACUACAGUCACGGAAGACGAAGUGAGAAGAUUGCAUAGAGACUUCCUAAAGAGUUACAAAUACGAUGCGGAUAAUGCUCCCGAAGAAAUAGAAGACGAUGGUUAUAUAGCUUUUUAUAUCGGUUAUCAUUUAUUUCAUACGCAAAAUUUGAACAAACUAUGGAGUUUGUUCGGUAAACUGUUUUUGGAUCUCAAGUUCCUGGGCAAUAAAGUGAGAUUGACCGGACCGGCCGAUGUUAUAUUGGAUUUGCGGAAAUAUGAAGAUCAUAUAGUUGAUGGGGAAUUAGACAGAGAACUACUAUACAGCAUCCGUUUGUACCUCAGCACACACGGAACGGAUCUAUACCGCUCGCCCAGCACAGAUGUAGUGCAAAGUAUUCUACAACAUGAGAGUAAAGGCAUAUUGUACACUAAAGCUUCGUCUGUUGCACAACAGGGCUGCGAUAUGAAUGAAGUUUAUUUUGAAUUCUUACACGAGCAAAAUGUUGAAGAAAUAAAACACACGACGAUAGACGCCAAAGAAAUAAUUACGACGGUGUGCUUUCUGAGGAAUUACGUCGUAGCGGGUACUGUCACUGGCGCUAUAAAGUUCUUCGAAAUAUCAACAAACAAGCUCAAAAAGGAGCUCCAAACCGGCGACUCCGCGAUCAAGUGGGUGGGCGUGUGCCCCGCGAGCCCCGCACGUGUGGCCGCGCUCGCCUGUAACGGGGCUCUUGCGUUAUUUUAUGUAGACGAGCUUGAUUGGGAUACAGACGGAGUUAUUGAAGAAGAAAACGAAGAACCGUUAAACAACAACGACGCGACAAACACAAUAAUACAACCAAAACUGGGGCCGUUUAUAUCCGCUCGCUGGGCAAACACAGACGAACUGAUCAUCACGCACACAGCCAAAGAGAUCAUAAUAUACAAGACGAAUGGACAAGUGCACCAUUUUAUAGACAAUUUGUAUAGGAACAGUGAUAUGUUGUGUUGUGUGUUGUGUAGCUUCGAUAAGCACGCGAUAGUUGCGACUGCGGGCGUGAGUUCGUACGCGUUGGAUGUUAUCGACUUGAAGACGAAGACGAGACAUAGUUUUGCAGAGAGCGGUUUAGUUUUGGAUAUAUUGGUUGUUUCUGAUAACAAAAUAAUAACGUUAAAAGAAAGGGAAAUAUCGGAAUUUGAGUGUAAAAUGAGUACCUAUAUAAUGCAAACAUGCACAACAUGUAAGGGCAGGGUUAUAAUAACAGCUCAAAGUAUAAAGCCUAACAUGUCCUUUCUGUCUAUGGCUGUGAACAAAUCCGGUACUUUGUUGUUUGUAUCUACUGAUGAUAGUCGAGUACUGUGCAUUGAUCUCAAGACGUCAGCUCAUAUAUUUGAUUUGGAAAAUCGGAGAGGGAAUGUAGUAACAAUGGCGAUGAGUGAGUUCCUCAUGGACGACUUCGAACCUGGUUCCGAUGUAUUAUUAACAGGCACAGGCACUAUUGAGAACUCUUUGAAAGUUUGGUUCUUAGACCCGUCGUUUGUGUCGCAGAAUGCUCAUAAGAAUGCGAAGGUCCGUCUAACAACGAAAUUCGACGCGAGUUUCAUAGCAACACUAUCACCACACACACCCACACAAGCGAACAGUUCCCCACACAGCACGCACACAACCCCACAAAGACACCAAUCAUUCGCCAGUGCUAAGGAAGUUAAGAAAAUACUAAAAAGCACUAUGAGUCUAGAUAGGCAUAUGCUGAAACCGCUCAAUUUGAAGGGAAUUUGUAAUGGGAAUGAAGGUCAGGGACAACCGUUGCUAGCGGUGGUCGAUGAUAAGAAUAAUAUACAGGUGAUGCGUGGUCGAAAAAUAUUAACGGAAAUAUCAACAGACAUCGAACAAAUCAUAACAACAGUAAAAAUAUCGCCUUGCAACCAGCACGUUAUAUACGGCUUACAAUCCGGCAUUGUUCGGAAAUUCUCUCUACGUACUAAAGAGAAUAUCACUAUAAUGGAUGUGUAUAGUGCUGUGAAAUAUUUAAAUUUCGUGAAUCCUGAUGUUUUAAUAGUGGCGGGAAAGAAUAGAUGCAUUAUGGCGUAUAGGUUGAUGGAAAACGGUGAUUGGAAACCGGAGAUGUUGCAGAGGGGAAAUUGUAAUUUGGGCUCGCAGGAGUUGCUUAAUAAUUGGCAGGGCGUAAAGAAAAAGCAGGUCGACCAAAUCUCAAACUCGAGCAGCGAAAUGAGUAUGACGUCACGAACAAUCGUAGAUAAUAAAGUUUUCAAGCCAAGUAACCUCGUAGACUGCUAUUGGUUGAAGGAUAUAGGUUUAAUUACCAUCGAGUCAAAUGCGACCAUAAAGCUAUGGGAUGAAGAUCUAAAAUUGUCCAGCGUGUUAAAUGGAAAGCAAGCAGAUGUUAAUAUACGGUGCUCCGCGUUUGAAAAGGAUGUGCUUGUUAUAUGCGAUGACCGUAAUUUGGCUUUUCAGACGUUUGAAUUAAAGAAACGAGAUCAUGUAUCGUUACGAGUAAUACAAGAGAGUCAACUCAACAACAGGAUUAUUUGCUGCGCGCUCACUGAAGAUGGGAAUAUUUUAGCUAUGGGACUCGAUUCGGGAGAUGUCGCGAUAUGGAACGUGCCGCUAAAACGGCAAGUGCGUCUGCUGAAGCACCACAAGAGCAAGGUGCAAUGGUGCGGCUUCUCGCCGUCACCAACGCGCACAGCGGACGACGGGCCGCCGCUGGUGCUGCUGACGGUGGGCGCCGACGUCGUGUGGUGGAACGUCACCUAUCUGAUACGGAGCAAGCCGAGCCGGGCCUGGAAGGGUAACUGGAACGUAGUGACACCGAUAGCAAGCCCACUGGAACCUAAAACUGGCCUCACGCCGACCGACACCAACUCGAACACGCACUUCUUCUUCGGCGACAGUCCACUGGACCCGCACUAUCACUGGAAACUGCACUGGAAGCGGAAGACAUGCAAAGAAGGAUCGAAAAGGAAAGAGAUACUCGCGUGCAUAAAGCUCUACGGUAUGUACGCAAAAUGUAUCCGCCAUGAUGAAAAAUUCUGCUGUUUUGUAACCGUUGAUAACACUGGUCAUGUUCAUAUAAUGACGCUCAUGGACUCACAAGCACCUUAAAUUACAGAUAAUAUAUUUUCAGGAAAUAAUCAAAUCUAUUAUUCGUACAGUUACACGGAUAGUUAAUAUUCUUUUUAAAUUUGUGUAUGGAAAAGUUUAAAUAUCUGGAAAUAUAUUGUAGAUAAAGUCAAAUUUGUGUGAUGAGUCACAUGCAUUCCUGUAACUUUUCUCAAUUCAAUAAUUGCGGGCCAAUCGUUCUACGUGUUAUAAUAAUUAUAAUUCCUUCGUCAGUGAUAGAUAUACAUGUAAUCAUUCCAGUUUAAAUGCAAGGUGUUUUAUAAAAAAAAACUAAAAACGGUAUUUUCGAAAUGAUUAUUCACCAGUAACAUACUGCUCCAAGUUAUUUGUCUCAAAUUAUUUUAGGUUAUUAAAUGAAAACUGAUCAGUUAUUAUAACUUAUUUUAUGUAAUGCUUUAAGCUUCAUCGAAAGAUAUUUUUAAUGUGCUCUCUGAUCUCAUUUUUGAGCAAAUAUAAAUGUUUUUAAUUGUUUAGAUAAUUUUUUAAUCAUAAUUUUAUAAUUUAGAACAAUUUUUUAGUAGAAUAGCUGCCAUUUUUUAAUUUUAACUUUUUAGGCAACGAAUUGUGCUCGGACAAUGGUUUUAGUAAAAUUUUAAUUAUUUGUAGCUUUACAGAUAACUUCGAAUAGUGCUUUUUACAUUCUCAUUAUUUGCUAAUUUUUGGCUUAAAACACAUUUAAACAUGUGAGGUUGUCUUUAUUGUAACAUUUAUAUUGGACAUUAUUAAUUGAUAGUAAUACAUAUCUCGGCAUCAUCAUUUGUUACUUUAACUAUGUCUUCCAAUGCAUUUUUAUACUUGCAAAAUAAGCUGGCAAUAUGAAACUUUGUGAUAAAGUAGGUUUUUUCAAAUUUGUCAACCAUUGAAACGCACAUUAAAGUGAUAGGUUUAUAUGCUUUUAAAAGUGGCACUUGUAAAUAUAUGUUACCGUUAAUAAGCAAUAAUAGUAUGGUAAAUAUUUGAACCCACCACUGCAUAUAAGACAAAUUAUAGUGUUCUCCGAAAUGGCCGAUGGCCUUUGAAUUUCAGUAAAUUUAUCUUAAUACGUAAAAUAUACACCAUGUUUAGUGAAAUAAAAAUGAUGUGUACCUUAUUAUUAUUCAAACACUUGGAUAUAUUCAUAAAUUCUAUUUGUAAUAAAAAAAAGGAUAAAAUUAUUAAAAUUGCAAACACUGCCUAUACAACCGUCCCAUAAAAUGAACAAGUCUGUAUUUAUAAAUUCAUCAUGCCAAUAAAACUGUGCCAUUUUUGGUAGAAUGCAGUAAUUGUAAAUAAAGGUAUAGAUUGUAAGCCUUAUAGUACAUGUUGGUGAGAUUUAAAGCGAUGUAAGGUCAAAUUAUGGUGCUAUAAGUGAUUGAAGUUUAUCUCAAUUUAUAUUUAAGAGAUUGUUAAUGUGUAGCUCAUAAGGAAUAUCAUAUGUAAUGUAUAAUGCUCAAUUUUUUCGCAUUUUCUUUUCUGUUCCUAAUUUUUUUAUACAAUUUAUUAUUUUUCUCCGUAAUGACAUUAUUAUUAUUAUUUAAUGACUUAUGUUCUUAAGUACAUUGUUUUACUUUUUAUAAAAUAAUGUUAUUUUCAUGUCACAACACAUUUUCUAUUUUAAUUAUUGAAUAUUUAAAUGAUAUAGCGUCAAAUUAUCAUGAUCUAUCAUUUUAUCAUAAUGUAAUACCGGUUAAAGUUAUACAUAUUUUUAGAUUUUUUAGAUAAUACUUUAUUUUGUGAAAUAUUCUUUACUUUUAAUAAUAAACAUUUUAUUGAUGA